AUGCCGCCCCCGCCGACGGUCAGCUUCAUCGAUGCGGUGAGGCAGCGCUACGGCUCUGCCGACGACAACACGGAGGAGCCGCUCGGUGAGGCCUUUGCGCAGGACAAGAAAUGGCUGUUUGUGGGCGUGCAGCAGACGCGCGUGAAGCAGAGCCGCCACGAUCGACUCACCCUUGUCGUGCUGCGCAACUGUGGCAUCAACGUGGCCAUGCAGGAGCCGAGCGCCACCACGGCCGCAGGCGGCGGCCCAAAAGAGCUGCAGGAAGCGAACAUGGUCCGGCUAGAGGAGCUGGACCUGUCAGAGAACACGGCGCUCUCGCUAACCGAGGUUGGCAAGCUCAUGCCCUACCUCCCACGCCUGGCAACACUGCAGCUGUGCAGCAUACCGGGCCUGCUUCAGAUGGCACCACCGGCGACGGCGGCACUCUCGUCGUCGCACCUGUCGAAGCUCGUUUUAAACAACACCGGCUUCCGCUCCCUGGCGCAGCUGCGCGCUCUCGUCGAGUUGCCACAACUCAAGGAGCUGCACUUGGACUCCAACAAGCUCACCUCGCUCGACGUUGUCGUCGCCCCACCGCCGGCGUCGCCAGGGCCAGCGGAGGGGAUGGCGGCAAACGACUCUGGCGCUGGUGCAGCAGCCGGCGAGGUUGUCUUUCCUCAUGUCACGACUCUGAGCCUUGCGCACAACGAGUUGUCGGACUGGAGAGCCAUCGGUGUGGCCGUCGCGCAGGUCUUCCCGGCACUCACGCAGCUGUACCUAACCGACAACAAGCUCGAAGACCUUGUACUGCCGGAGACCCUCGUCGCACGCGCGGCUGCCGGUGUGGCCCUCACAGCAGAGCUGGAAGACGGUGGUGUGCUGCAGCCGUACCGCUACCUUCGCCCACUAACGCUACUGUGCCUGAAGGACAACGCUACGUUGUGCAACACCAGCACGGUAGACGCCGUGCGCAUCCUCUGCCCGAAGCUCGCCACCUUCCGCAUCACGUAUAGCACGCUGCUUCCCACAUGGAAUGAAGCCAGCAGUCGCAUGUACGUCGUGGCCGCGCUGCCGACGAUCACGCUGCUAAACCGCGGCACCGUGCGGGCCAAGGAGCGGCUGGACUCGGAGCUGCUGUACAUCCAGCGUGGGCUGCUUCAGCGUCAGAUGGAUGAGGAGUCGCGUGGCGGAGCCAACAAGGUGAGCGACUCCGCCACGGCCGCACCCCUUCCGCGCAUCGCGUACCCGCUCGUCGAUGUACUCAAGGAGAAGCACAAGGACGUCGUGCUCGCCAUCCAGCGCGACGGCGACACCGCGACGACGACGGGCGCCAGCUACGUCAUGAUUACCGUCACUUUUCACUUCGUGAACGGUUACGCCGCCGCCGCCGCCACGACGUCUUCGUCGAGCCCGAUGACGACGCACACGUCGACGCUGCCGAGCACGUUGACAGUGGCGAAGCUGAAGGCGCUGGUUCAAAAGGUCUUUCAAGUACAGCCGGUCAACCAGCGGCUCAGCUACCGCAGCGGCGACGACGGUGUGCUGGAGCUGCAGACGCCGCUGGACAACGAGCUAGAAACGCUUGGGUACUACGGAGUGUCCGACGGGUCCAUCAUCUACGUCGAGGACGCCUCGCUGCGGUAA